UUAAAACCUCUUUUUAUUGUCUGCCUCAGACACGCCCACUUUGUGGCCAACAGGACCAAAGCAAGUCCGGAUAGACCUGGUCCAGAACCACAGCAAGUCCGGAUAGACCUGGUCCAGAAUCAAAGCAGUUCCGGAUAGACCUGGUCCAGAACCAAAGCAAGUCCGUAUAGACCUGGUCCAGAAUCAAAGCAAGUCUGUAUAGACCUGGUCCAGAAUCAAAGCAGUUCAGGAUAGACCUGGUCCAGAAUCAAAGCAGUUCCGUAUAGACCUGGUCCAGAAUCAAAUCAGUUCUGGGUAGACCUGGUCCAGAAGUGACCAUGAAGGCGGUGAAAGCAGCUACUUGUGAGAAGAAGAAGAAGAGAAGACGAGAUGGUGCGCGCCGCUCACGUCUCUACAAGACGCAAAAAGAGGCGAGUCCGUGUGCUAGAGGAGGCCUGGACUUCCUGGUCUGCCCGCCCACCUUUCCCAGACCAUUCCUGCUGCGGCUGGUGAGCGUGGAAGCUUCUAGACUGUCGAGGAACAAGCGGGUGAAAGUGGUCACGCUGCAGGAGAUCAAAGCUGCCGUCGUGUCCACCAGACGCAGGAUUCUCACUAACGCUGCUGCGUGAAGUUCAUGUAGUUUACUUUUUAUUGUUCAUAUUUUAAAAGUUUCUUUUGUUUGAUGAUCCAUUAAAUCUUCAAGAAAGUGUCAUUGCAGGUUAAAUUUGACAGUAAAAGUUUUGUUUUUUUAAUCAAAUGUUCUGCACUUUGCAUAUGUGAGUAUUUUUAUUAUUUUUUAGUAAUUGAUAUGUUUUAAGGUCAAAUGGGAUAUAAUUAAAUAUUUAAUAAAAUGUCAUCUAGAAAUGUGAAUUAUGAUUGUCAUUGAUUUAAUGUAAAUGAUGAUUUUUGUGUUUAUUUAAAAUUGCAUUUAAAUAUUUUAGGAAUAUUCUGUUUUUUAUGUUUAUAAGUUUUGGAUUUUACACUCAUCAAAUAUGCAACACAAUGCUGAACACAAACGCACAAACACACACAACACACCCCCGCACACACUCCACACCCCACACAAAACACACACACACAUCCGACUCACCCCACACAAACACAGACCCCGCACUCCACACACACACACCGCUCACCUCACACACCACACACCCCACAAAAAACAAACACACCACAAAAAACAAACACACGCCACAAACCCCACACAAAACAUGUCACAUACCCCACACACACACCACUCACCUCACACACACAUGCACACAUACCACAAAAAACAAACACAAACACACCACACAAACGCAAUACACACCACUCACCUCACACAAACACAUGCACACAUACCACAAAAAACAAACACAAACACACCACACAAACGCAAUACACACCACUCACCUCACACAAACACACGCACACAUACCACAAAAAACAAACACAAACACACCACACAAACGCAAUACACACCACUCACCUCACACAAACACACGCACACACCACAAAAAACAAACACACGCCACUCACCUCACACAAACCCCACACAAAACAUGUCACACACACCCCACACACAACCACUCACCUCACACACACGCACCCAUACCACAAAAAACAAACACAAACACACCACACAAACGCAAUACACACCACUCACCUCACACAAACCCACACACAACACAAACCCACAAAACACACAAUCACACGCAUUCCACACCGCACACCCACAUUCACCCCACACGCACAGACACACACCACUCACAUCACACAAACACUGCACAAACCACACACUACACACCCCACACAACACACACACAUCCCACUCACCUCACACAAACACACGCACACAAACACAGACCACACACUCCACACCCCACACAAACACACACCACUCACCUCACACCCCACAAAAACAAACACACACCACUCACCUCACACAAACCCCACACAAAACACACACCACUCACCUCACACAAAACACACACAUCCCACACACACCACACAAACACACUGCACAAACUACACACAGACCACACACUCCACACAAACACACACACACAUACACACCACACACCCCACAAAAAAAAACACACACCACUCACCUCACAUAAACUCACACGAACCCACAAAACACAAAAUCACACGCAUUCCACACCGCACACCCACAUUCACCCCACAUGCACAGACACACACCACUCACCUCACACAAACACACACACCACACAAACACCGCACAAACCACACACUACAC